CCCGAAGAAAUGGCAAUGGUCACUUCAUCAUCCAGCACACACGAUGCCGCUAUUAAAUUGCAGAAGGUUUACAAAAGCUUCCGAACUCGAAGAAAGUUGGCCGAUUGCGCGGUCCUCAUCGAGCAAAGCUGGUGGAAGAUUCUCGAUUUCGCCGAACUUAAGCACAGCUCGAUUUCUUUCUUCGAACUCGACAAACACGAAACCGCCGUUUCGCGCUGGUCUCGCGCAAGAACAAGGGCUGCUAAGGUCGGAAAAGGCUUGUCGAAGAACGGGAAAGCUCAAAAACUCGCUCGACAGCAUUGGCUCGAAGCUAUCGAUCCACGUCAUCGUUACGGGCACAAUCUGCAUUUCUACUACGUUAAGUGGUUGAAUUCACAAAGCAAAGAGCCCUUCUUCUACUGGCUCGACCUUGGAGAAGGAAAGGAGGUUAAUCUUAUCGAGAAAUGCACUCGUUUAAAGCUUCAAACACAGUGCAUCAAGUAUCUUGGUCCGAUGGAAAGAAAGACGUACGAAGUUGCGUUGGAAAACGGGAAGCUCUUCUACAAGCAAACAGGGGAGUAUUUGGACACGACUAAUGAUGAAUCGAAAGGUUCUACUAAGUGGAUUUUUGUGCUAAGUACAUCGAGAACUUUAUACGUUGGUAAGAAAAAGAAAGGCUCGUUUCAACACUCGAGUUUCUUGGCCGGUGGAGCUACAUUAGCUGCUGGGAGAAUAGUCGCCGAAAAUGGUGUUUUAAAGGCAGUGUGGCCCCACAGUGGUCAUUAUAGGCCGACCCCGGAAAAUUUUCAGGAUUUCAUUUCGUUUCUCGACGAGAACAAUGUGGAUCUCACUCAUGUUAAGCUUGAUUCGACCGAUGAAGAGGAAGAAGAAUACAUCGGACAUAAUAAACAAGGUCUAUACUUGAGAAAUAAUUCCUCCGAAGAAGACUUGGUCAAAAAAGAUCGUUCUCAUUCCGAAACCGAAGAAAACGACUUUGAAUCAAAUCCCGACAAAAUCAUUACAACCGAAGAAGAUAAUGCAUUGUUGACCGAGUCAAUUGUCUCGCAUGACUUUAUCACCAAACCUUCUGCACUCGAGAUACCGAGUAAAGAUAACUUGAUCCACACAUUGGUUACUCAAAGCCAAAUACCGGAACCAAGAUCGAGUAGUGCAUGUUCGGAAGACGAUGAAAUGAAAGAGGAGAUUAUUACGGAAGAGCAUAUUUUGCGGAGAAUAAAUUCGCACAAAGAAAUGAAUUCGUAUCAAUUAGGGAAGCAAUUGUCGUGUAAGUGGAGUAGUGGAGCCGGCCCUCGAAUCGGUUGCUUGAGGGACUAUCCUUCGGGACUUCAAUGCCAUGCACUAGAGCAAGUUAAAUUGUCCCCGGGAAGUAAACGUCGUUUAAUAUUCGAGUUUCCUUCUCGUUCAUCGACGCCUAUUUCGAGCAAUAUGUUUCGUAGUUGUAGUAGUGCUACAAUUCACUCCUCAUAUUUAUGAAACCAUAUUGAGACAAUGUUGAUUCUUUAACUAAUCAAUUUUUUAAUUAAUCUUUUUCUUUUUUGGGAUAGGAAUAUGUAUUCUAUUUAUCCAUGUAACACAAUUUUGUUCAUUUCAUCCUUGUACAAGAACAUGGUGGAGGUUUGUAAGAAGCUUUUGUUUUAAGGCA